ACUUGACAGGCCCACGCUCGCCGAGGAAACGGAGCACGCCCUCCCAGCCGGCAGCCGACGACGAGGGGAGCACCGGCUUGGCACCCGCCGGCGGCCGGCCAUGGCGGGGCAGCCGCCGCAGGGCCCGGAGGACGACUUCCUCGACCAGUUCUUCUCCCUCACCAGCUCCCUCUCCGCCGCCGGCCGCCCCUCCGGCGACCAGCCCUUCUCCCUCGCCCUCAGCCUCGACGCCGCCUCCGACGCCUCCGGCAGCAGGGGCGGCAUCGGCGACGACGCCGGCAACGCCGCGGAGCGGGACAACGUGCAGCUCCCCGGCCUCUUCCCGCCGGUGUUCGGCGGUGGCCUGCAGCCGCCGCACCUUCGCCCCAACCACCCUCCCCCGCAGAUGUUCCACGCGCAGCCGCCGAAGCAGGGCGGGCCGGCCGGCGGGCCGCAGCCGCCGGCGCCGAGGCCCAAGGUGCGGGCGCGUCGCGGGCAGGCGACCGAUCCCCACAGCAUCGCAGAGAGGCUAAGAAGAGAGAGGAUAGCGGAAAGGAUGAGGGCCCUACAGGAAUUGGUCCCCAAUACGAACAAGACUGAUAGGGCAGUUAUGCUAGAUGAGAUCCUGGAUUAUGUGAAAUUCCUUAGGCUUCAAGUAAAGGUUUUAAGCAUGAGCAGAUUGGGUGGUGCUGGUGCUGUUGCACAGCUUGUUUCUGACAUUCCACUUUCAGUUAAGGGGGAAGCAAGCGAUAGUGGGGGCAAACAGCAGAUAUGGGAAAAGUGGUCAACGGAUGGCACGGAGAAACAGGUUGCGAAGCUGAUGGACGAGGACAUCGGUGCUGCAAUGCAAUUUCUCCAAUCCAAGGCGCUCUGCAUGAUGCCAGUCUCUCUUGCCAUGGCUAUCUAUGACACACAACAUUCACAGGACGGCCAACCAGUGAAGCCUGAACCCAACAACACUGCCUAGUAUAGUAACAGCAGCUGCAACCCGCAUCCCUGCAGCUGCUAGUAGGCAUGCAUGAACCUACCAUCAAAGUGUUAAGAUGAAAACUGCUGGUUUUGAUCCACUAACAACAAGGAGGCAGGAAAAGACCUAAAAGAUCCUCUCCACUGGAAGUUGUAUCGACGGUAUAUGAUGUCACCUAUUACCCCUUUUCCAUCUUUUGUUCAAAGGUGCUUUAAUUUUCAAGGAUAUGGUAAGCAAUAACCUGAUCAUGCUCCUACAUCUUUCAA